CUGAAGGUGGUAGUUCUUGGAGCUUUCCCGAUCCUCCCUGGGGUUGUAGAGAACACUCUUCAGUUCAGUCCCUCCUCAUAGCCAAAGCAGCCACCUAGAUCAUGCCUUCUAUGUACGGACUCCUAGCCUUCAUGUCAGCCACAGAGUUGCUCCUGGCCACUGUCAUCUUCUGUUUAGUGUUCUGGAUGGUCAGAACCACAUGGACCCAGGUUCCCAAAGGUCUGAAGAGUCCACCCGGGCCCUGGGGCUUGCCCUUCAUUGGGCACAUUCUGACCCUGGGGAAGAACCCACAUCUGGCACUGACGAAGCUGAGUCAGCAGUAUGGGGACGUCCUUCAGAUCCGCAUAGGCUCCACUCCUGUGGUGGUGCUGAGUGGCCUGAACACCAUCAAGCAGGCCCUGGUAAGGCAGGGAGAUGACUUCAAGGGCCGGCCAGACUUCUACAGCUUCACUCUGAUCACUAACGGAAAGAGCAUGACUUUCAACCCAGACUCUGGACCAGUGUGGGCUGCCCGUCGGCGCCUGGCCCAGAAUGCCCUGAAGAGCUUCUCCAUAGCCUCAGACCCGACGUCAGCAUCCUCUUGCUACUUGGAGGAGCACGUGAGCAGGGAGGCUGAAUACCUAAUCAGCAAGUUCCAGAAGCUGAUGGCAGAGAUUGGCCACUUUGACCCUUACAAGUAUUUGGUAGUGUCAGUGGCCAAUGUCAUCUGUGCCAUGUGCUUUGGCCAACGUUAUGACCAUGAUAACCAAGAGCUGCUUAGCAUAGUCAGUCUAAGCAAUGAGUUCGGGGAGGUUACUGGUUCUGGAUACCCAGCUGACUUUAUUCCUGUCCUCCGUUACCUGCCCAACUCUUCCCUUGAUGCCUUCAAGGACUUGAAUAAGAAGUUCUACAGCUUCAUGAAGAAGUUGAUCAACGAGCACCUCCAGACGUUUGAGAAGGGCCACAUCCGGGACAUCACAGACAGUCUCAUUGAGCAUUGUCAGGACAGGAGGCUGGAUGAGAAUGCCAAUGUUCAGCUGUCAGAUGAUAAGGUCAUUACGAUUGUUUUGGACCUCUUUGGAGCUGGAUUUGACACAAUCACAACUGCUAUCUCUUGGGGCCUCAUGUACCUGGUAACCAAGCCUAUGGUACAGAGGAAGAUCCAGGAGGAGCUAGACACAGUGAUUGGCAGGGAUCGGCAGCCCCGGCUUUCUGACAGACCUCAGCUGCCAUAUCUGGAGGCUUUCAUCCUGGAGACCUUCCGGCAUUCAUCCUUCCUCCCUUUCACCAUCCCCCACAGCACCACAAGAGAUACAAAUCUGAAUGGCUUCUAUAUCCCCAAGGGGUGCUGUGUCUUUGUCAACCAGUGGCAGGUUAACCAUGACCAGGAACUGUGGGGCGACCCAAACGAGUUCCGACCUGAAAGGUUUCUCACCCCCAGUGGCACUCUGGAUAAGCACUUGAGUGAGAAGGUCAUUCUCUUUGGUUUGGGCAAACGGAAAUGCAUUGGGGAGACCAUUGGCCGACUGGAGGUCUUUCUCUUCCUGGCCAUCUUGCUGCAGCAAGUAGAAUUUAAUGUGUCACCAGGCGAGAAGGUGGAUAUGACUCCUACCUAUGGGCUGACUCUGAAGCAUGCCCGCUGUGAGCACUUCCAAGCACAGAUGCGGUCUUCUGGUCCUCAGCGUCUCCAGGCUUAGACUGUCCUGGAUGCUCACCAGACCAGGUGGAUGUUCCUGGGGUUCAGCUUCAGCCAGAAACACAGAUCCUGGGACAUUGUACCUGCCUCCUACUUUGGACUUGUUUCUCUAUAUGCUGAUCACAGACAUUGGGCAUAUGAGAGGCCCACAGGAACCUCAGAUCCUUCUCAAUUUCAACAUCAACUAGAAGGCUUGAAAAGGUUAGGAGAUACCUGGGCCUCAGAAAACUCCUGAAGAGCUCUCUGGGUGCUCCAGUAGCUGGCUGGUUUGAAAAAUACUUACAGCAGGUCAUGCCAGGAUCUGUCUGGUUACUUUGACAACUGGGGGCUGCCCAGAAUGGAGAGAGAAGACAGCUCAAAAUACUGGCACAGAGGUGCUCUUGCUAUCUGCUGAGGCUAAACAGCCUUCCCACAUGGGUUUAUGACACUGUGUGUCGGGGGUGGGGUGGGUGGCCUUUGUCCACCCUACAUAGAAAUAAACAGGGUGCCCCUGUUCUUGCAAAGCCCAUGUUCCUGUUCAGGAAGGACUGAAACUUGUGUCUAGAAAGACCCAAGAACAGAGGGAUAGACUCUCUGGGCAGUAAGACCAGGUUUAGAGUAAAGGAAUGACUUUUGAGACAGAGUCUUGUGUAGCCCAGGCUGCCUCUGAGCUUGCUACCAAGGGUGGCCUUGAACUCCUUUUUUUUUUUUUUUCUGUUCUUACUACCCUACCAAGUGCUAGGAUACAGUCAUGGACCACUACACCAGUUCUUCUUCCUUCUUCUUUACUGUAUAAAAUGUUUUUCUUAGAAAAUGUUUGUACAUAAGAGCUUCUUAUUGUGGCCUGUAUUUUGCUUAUGCAUUUGUAUUUGUCACAUCUUAAGAGAUUUAGGUAAUUUGCUAGCGUAACAGAGAAAACCCUAACUCAAGUAUCCAGAAAUAUAUAGGAAAAACCUACCUGAGCUAAAUAAAAAUAUUGCCUUGAAGUAC